UAGCGUUUGUUUCGGGCAUGGAAGUCCUGAUUUUAGUUCGUUUUAAAUCAGUACACGUGCUCGAUCCGCUAAACGUUCCCUAAAAAAUGAAACAGACCUGCUAAAGGUAAACCAACUAAGAGAAUUUAGAGUAAAAUAGAAGACAGCUAAAAAUCGAUCAUGUUCGAGGAAUGUUUCGGAGAUGGGCCUUUCAUAUUUCGUUUAAAUGACGGCGGAUCUGGGCCGCACUUAUUGACACAGGUUUGCUUAGAAAGAGGAUGGAAAGAAUUUAGUCCAGAAAAUGGAGAUCACUGGAACUUAUGGUGGAGGACUUCAGGAUUUCCAGUUAGCCACCAUAAAAAUCUUUAUGCCUGGCAAUACAUAAAUCAUAUUCCUAAGGGCUCUGCUAUAUGCAGAAAAGAUAACUUAGUUCGGUUUCUGCGAUGUAUGAGGAAAGUUUACGGAUCCAUAUACGAUUUCAGCCCUCAUGGUUACAAUUUACCAGCAGAAUAUACAAAAUUAGCUGCAGAGUGCAGUCGUGGACGACCAGUAUUUAUGACUCGAGAAGAAGAUUCAAAUUGCUUGGAAGAUAAACCUGUAUGGAUCUGUAAACCUGUGGCUCAAAGUCAGGGACGAGGAAUUUUUUUAUUUCGGAAACUCAGCGAGUUAACAUAUGAUACUAACACAAUAGUUCAAAGAUAUAUAGAGAAACCUCUAUUAAUAGGAGGUUACAAAUUCGAUCUAAGGCUAUAUGUUUGUAUUCCAUCUUAUUAUCCCUUAGUAGUUUACAUGUAUCGCGAAGGGCUGGCUAGAUUUGGAACUGAUAAGUUUAAUUUAACUGAUUUGAGGAAUCCAUUUCGUCAUUUAACUAACAGUUCAAUUAACAAGCUCGGCCCAGGAUAUAGUGAAAUGAAAGAAAGGGUUGGUUCUGGCUGUAAGUGGACCUUAAGACAGCUGAGAAGAUAUUUUCAACAAAUAGGUGUACGAGAUUGGUUGCUUUGGCAAAAAAUAGAAGUAAUCGUUGUACUGACAGUCUUAAGUCACCUAGCACAAAUACCACCUACACUAAAUUGUUUCGAGUUUUUAGGAUUCGAUAUUCUUAUUGAUGAAAACAUAAGGCCAUGGCUAUUAGAGGUCAACUUGAGCCCCGCCUUGGGAAAUGACUGUGAUACGGACCGAUUGGUGAAAAAACCUCUUCUUCAUGACUUAUUUGAUCUUUUGGGAUUUCCACUGUACAAUACUGGAUUGUCAGUGUUUAAUAUAUGGAAUGAAGAGUCAAAAGAAAAUACACUUGGUAACAGCGAAUGCCAAAAGGUUAGUUCUGUAAAAUCUCAUCAGAGAGCUUUGUCCGUUGUACACGCAGCGGGAAAAUGGAGGCAAAAACAGAAAAGGAUUUCCUCCGCUUCAAAAGAUAAAUUAUCGUCAUUUCGCUCAACCUCAAAAAAUUCUCAAUUAACGUUUAAAGGGACAAAGCCUGCAAUUGCAAAGUUUACUGGUCAGAGCAAACAGGAAUUAGACGAACAAAAUAAAAAGUAUGAUGAAGAGUGGAAAAGAAAACAUUGCUCGAGUAAAUGGGGAAAUGGAAGAGAUUGGAAAAAUUCUCCGGAAAGCGAAGGAGGAUGGAUGAGGAUAUGGCCAGUGAUUUCAGAUGACAAUCAGGACGGUGAUUUUCAAACUAGGAGGAAUGUUAAGGAAAUUGUAGCCCAGAUAACAAAAUUGGAAAAAACGGCUAGAGAGAUUGCAAAGAAGCAUCCCCACGCAUCCGAAUGCCAGUUAAAUGAAUUUCUUCAGCAUACAGUGGGGAUCAAAAAUGAAAUUUGGAUUCCACCCAUUUAAUAUCUAGUCCAACUUAAUUAACGUAUUAUAAAUUUGUGUGAUAUUAAGAAAUUAUUUAUGCAAACAGUUUGACUGCCGUGUUGAUACUGCCUUUAUAUGCAUGUGUAUACGUUUAAAAUCCAUGUUUAUGAGCUUAAA